UCGACGACGGCGCGAGACAGGCCAGGCGUUCUUCGGGACUCCUCGAGAAGAGUGGAUAGACAUGUCACUCCUCUCAUGAUCUAGAAGGAUAGACACGCUCCAUCGGGUCGUCCGCGUCCACGGGAUGACCGCGGAUUCCUUAGUUUCGAAUGGAAAUUAUUUCGGAAGAACUGAAGAAGAAGACGUCACAAAGAUUUAGAGAUAGAGGCAAUUCCAAAUUAGUGGCAGUGAAAAAAAAAAAGGUGUUGUACUCAUAUGACAGCGAUAGCUGGCGACCUCGCGAUCGCGGAUGCCGAAAUCGCGGCGUUUCCAAAGUACCAGAGCGACCUCGUUAGUCACUGAGGUGACAGUUGGACACUUCAUCGUAUCGCGAUAACAGCCGAUUACACGACGCUGGUCAUGUUUGGUUUUCUCGUCAUCCUGGAUAUGUAAGUCGCGAGUGCGCCAAGAGUUUCUUUCUGUGACACGUGAUCGGGGAAUCGGGGAGAACGCCGACUGAUCGAUGACGAAGAACACACCUCGCAGUGAUACACGGUGAACCAAAGCACUCUUCAGCAACGGUAUCCUCGAUUGUGUUAUGGUGCUGAGGACUACCUCGGUCAGACGAGGCAGACGAAGAGGUCGCAGAAGAGAGGGCGGCGGUAGUAGCCCCAUCCUGGCGGAUUUCCCCCGAGAAAUCAUUCGCGUUAGCUCGAUCGGCCGAGGAGAAAUCCGGGAAGGUCACGUCUCGUGAGUGAAUCGCAAAACGAUGGGUGUAUCGAGGCCGUGUCAUUGGCUUCUCGCUGCGGUCGUCCUGAGUCUCUCCUCGAGCUUGAUGGUGAGCGAGACGCGACAGCUCGCGGACUUGGAUUCUCCAGCCAUCGGCGUGCUAAGAGACGAGACGAAUCGCACUAGGGGAUUGACGGCGAUUCGCCGACGAAGAUAUGUGCGAUUUCCUACGGGAUCCGCUGCUUACCUCACCGACGUGGGUGGCGGUCCACCUGCGUCGCACGGCAGGAACCUCGGGCCGAUCGCGCGUUUCGUCCCUCAAUUGCCCGGUACGUGGAGGCAGCACAAAUCCCUCUGGAGGAGCCCCGUAAUCGCCGAUUACAACAGGCCGGUGAUGUCCCAUCGGACGCCGCGAUUGAUAUUCCGCGACAACGACUUCCUGCCGCCGAUCGGAGGCAGCGGAGCCUCCUUCUUCCAGCAGUCUAAUCAGUUGCCGGAAUUCGAGGAUGACGUCAGAGAUCACCGAAAGCAGACGGCGGACGAUUAUCCCAGAUUGGAAACAGAGACGCGCCAACAAAAAAGACCGCUGUGGAAAGGCGACGAUACAUUGUGCGCGGACGGACGGAGCUGCGAAUUUUUUCUAAUGUGCUGGAUGACUGCUGGCCUAUUGGACGGCAGCUGCGGCGGCAUUAUGUUCGCGUGUUGUCAGCGGAAAGACCCUAAAGCUCUCACUGAUUAUAACCUGAUCGAGUCACCUAGAGAUCAAUCUCGGCCGCUUCCGCUGGAUUUGUACACGGAGACCGACAGCGACGAUCGUUGCGGCAUACCGGUAGUUUCGAAGCAAAUCGCGCAGAGGAGGAUCGUCGGUGGUGACGACGCCGGUUUCGGCAGUUUUCCGUGGCAGGCUUACAUACGCAUCGGAUCCAGCAGAUGCGGCGGCACUCUGGUCAACCGGUUUCACGUCGUCACGGCCGGGCAUUGCGUUGCAAAAGCCUCGGCUAGGCAAGUUCAAGUAACUCUCGGCGAUUACGUGGUCAAUUCUGCGAGUGAGUCCCUUCCAGCUUAUACUUUCGGGGUUCGAGAGAUUAGAGUGCAUCCUUACUUCAAGUUCACGCCGCAGGCAGAUAGGUUCGAUGUGGCGGUGCUUCGAUUGGACCGACCGGUUCAUUAUAUGCCUCAUAUAGCCCCUAUAUGUUUACCAGAGAAAAAUGAAGAUUUCUUGGGACAAUACGGCUGGGCUGCUGGAUGGGGCGCGUUGCAAGCAGGUUCUAGACUGCGACCCAAGACGCUGCAGGCAGUGGACGUGCCCGUGAUCGAUAAUCGCCUCUGCGAGCGAUGGCAUCGAUCCAAUGGCAUCAACGUCGUCAUUUAUGACGAGAUGAUGUGCGCCGGUUACCGCGGCGGCGGCAAGGACUCGUGUCAGGGCGACAGCGGCGGCCCAUUGAUGUUGGAGAAAACCGGUCGUUGGUAUCUCAUCGGCAUCGUCUCCGCUGGUUACUCCUGCGCGCAGCCAGGUCAACCGGGCAUCUAUCAUCGCGUGGCCAAGACCGUCGACUGGAUCACGUACGUCAUAAACUCGUAGCGCUGAUCCCGGAAGAAUUAUCCUCAGGAGAGUCCUGAGAAUUCCUUCGCUGGAACCGCGGACUUUGUAUGACACAAGGUUCGAGCGUUUCUUCUCCAAGGAGGAUCUACGAUCGCGCUUGAAAAACCGCGAUGCGACGCAAAGACGAAGGCCUUUAACGAGACGAUAAUAAUUUAAAUGACAUUUUUUGAAAAGAAGUAUAUACCUAAUGGAAUUAUAGCCAUCUUAUUCUACGAGGAUGUAAAAGUUAUUUAAAUAAAAUCUAACGUCACACAGAAUUUAAGAAGCGAAUCGCGGACGAGAAUUUCUAAUAUAGUUUCAAAAAAAAAAAAAACGCGAAUAGAUUCGAUAUUUUCUGUCAAACGCGAUAUUAUAAGUAUCUCUAUUGACACAAGCGGAUGGCGCAAAUGUGUUGUAAUUUUAUCGAUGUGAAUGCAUUGUAAAUUAAGCGUGUGUAUGAUAUACGUAUGGACUUGCGCUUAAUAAAUACUCUGUUUUCGAUUUUCAUUAUCGAUGGAUUGAUUAUUUUUCUCCUCCAAUCUCUAGCAUAGCAUUAUAAUUAUAUUUUAUCCCUUUGUUCAAUUUUAAUAUACUUUAACGCACUUAUCGCGUAUAAUAAUUACGUGAUAAUAACGUGAUAAAGUUAUAAAUUUAUUACCUUGAUUAUAUUAAUAAUCAAAGUAUUAUAGAUUUGAUUGACACUUAAUUACCAUCAUUAAUUAAAAUUUCAAUGUUAUCGAUUUAUAUUUUGCAACGAGAAAGGAGUAACAAUUAGAAAGAGAAAGAGAGAGCGAAAUGAGAGUAAACAGUAUUUACAUUAAAAACAUAUUUCAUUUGACAACUGCUACUUUCUCAACAUAAACUACCAGUGUUGCGAAUAAAUCAACGCGAUUAAGUAUCUAUGUUUCCGUUGCACACGCAUUUUUCAUAAGUACACAUUUACUUUGACAUAGUUUGACAUAUUUAACAAUACGUAUGAGCUCCGAUGAUAAUCUAUCUAGCUUAUCAUUAUCGCUUUGGCCUAUUUUAACAUCGCGAAAUAUUCAAGAGAUAAUUCUAUCAUUAAAUCUAAUACGUAAUACGCACUCUCCGGCAGCCUCUGAUCUCUUCGCAUCAUUUACAUAUCGCUUCUAGUUCAACAAUAAAAUUUCUCAUCGUGGAAUGAUAUUUCAAAUGAAUGUUUGAUAAAUAGAGCAGCAAUAAAUCAAUUCCUAUCAUAAUUUGCGAUCAUUUGUAAUUGCCUGCCAAAUCUCAUCGUUCUGUAAAAUGCAAAAGAACACGCGCUAAAUAAAUCAUUAUUAAUGACGCUGCUCUAUAAAUAUAAAUAAAAGGGAAUACAAAUUUUAGGGGUACAAAAAUGCAACGAGAAAUGUGUGAAGAUGCUCGGGGAGAGGCUCCAGGUAGUUAAUGCUAAUUUUUGUCCUAUCUAAACACAAUAUAAAGGAUUAAGUCGCGAGUUCGCUUAAGUAUUUGUUCGAC